UGCUGCACUUCUCAGCCCCCUAAGGAAAGCGCUGUGUGUCAAAGAGAGGGUAGCACUUGAUCUCCUUGUUGGCCUUCAGCUUCAGAACCAGAAGCAAUGGCGUCUGCUACUCUCCUCAAGUCAUCUUUCCUUCCCAAGAAGGCCGAAUGGGGCGCCACGCGCCAGGCUGCCGCUCCCAAGCCGGUGACCGUCUCCAUGGUUGUCCGCGCCAGCGCGUACGCCGAUGAGCUUGUCCAAACCGCGAAAACCGUUGCGUCACCAGGAAGGGGUAUCCUUGCCAUGGAUGAGUCAAAUGCUACCUGCGGCAAGAGGCUCGCCUCAAUUGGCCUUGAGAACACCGAGGCCAACCGCCAGGCUUACAGGACCCUCCUUGUCACUGCCCCAGGCCUGGGACAGUACAUCUCUGGUGCUAUCCUCUUUGAGGAGACUCUUUACCAGUCAACUGUAGAUGGCAAGAAGAUUGUUGACAUCCUUGUUGAGCAGGGAAUCGUGCCAGGGAUCAAGGUCGACAAGGGUCUUGUGCCACUUACUGGCUCCAACAACGAGUCAUGGUGCCAAGGUCUUGAUGGCCUCGCCUCACGUGAAGCAGCCUACUACCAGCAAGGCGCCCGCUUUGCCAAGUGGCGCACUGUUGUCAGCAUCCCCAACGGCCCAUCUGAACUUGCCGUGAAGGAAGCUGCCUGGGGUCUUGCUCGUUAUGCCGCCAUUUCUCAGGACAACGGUCUGGUGCCAAUUGUUGAGCCUGAGAUCCUUCUUGAUGGUGAGCACGGCAUCGACAGGACCUUCGAGGUCGCGCAGAAAGUGUGGGCGGAGACGUUCUACUACAUGGCCCAGAACAAUGUCCUGUUUGAGGGCAUCCUCCUCAAGCCCAGCAUGGUUACCCCUGGUGCUGAGUGCAAGGACAGGGCCACCCCUGAUCAAGUGGCUGACUACACCCUCAAGCUCCUUCACAGAAGGAUCCCUCCUGCUGUCCCUGGCAUCAUGUUCCUGUCUGGUGGGCAGUCUGAGGUGGAGGCGACCCAGAACCUGAACGCCAUGAACCAGGGCGCCAACCCGUGGCAUGUGUCUUUCUCCUACGCCAGGGCGCUGCAGAACACCUGCCUCAAGACGUGGGGCGGCCGGCCCGAGAACGUGAAGGCGGCGCAGGACGCGCUGCUGCUGCGCGCCAAGGCCAACUCCCUGGCGCAGCUCGGCAAGUACACCAGCGACGGCGAGGCCGCCGAGGCCAAGGAGGGCAUGUUCGUCAAGAACUACAGUUACUAAGAUACUCGCUGCUAGCAACCUUGAGGAGGGCACCGUAGGCAGUGUGCCAUUACAGGUUCAGAAGAUGGAAAACAAAAAUGCAUACACUGCGUUCUUACUACCUUAAGUGAAAACUUGAAAUGGUUACUGUAUUCACAUGAUUUCUAGAGCACUGUGACCUGGUUCACCUCUGUAUUUUACCGACGAACUUGAGUAGACGAAUGUUUAUGUGGCCUGUGGAUUUGUUUACUGCAAAGUUUUGAAUAUUAAUAUGUACGCAAUUUGGACA